GCUCUCGGCACCUAUACGAGCUCGCAACUUAGUUAUGAUGCGUGUCGUGAUCGCUGCAUUGCAAUGCGCAACCGUCUGCACGCUGGAGCUGCCGCUGCAGCGGCGCCGGAUGCUGCAGAGCUUGGCCGUCGGCGCCGCCGCGGCAGCAGCGCCGGCACAUGCGGGCGCCGUCGUCUCCGACGAGGUCAGCGUCACAUUUAAAGAAGCAUCACUCGGCAUGCAGCUCGACGGUCUCGCGUACCAGAAGACGACGCUGGGCUCGAUGCCGUCGCUGCGCUGCGUCGUGACUGCGGUCGCGCCGGGCUCCGAAGCGGCCAAGCUCGGUGUGAGCGACGACUGGACCGUCGUCUCCGUGAAUGGCGCAAAUGUGGAGAGCCUGGGCGCGCAGGAGGUCGCGUCGAAAAUUGCGGAGGCCCCGCGGCCGCUGUCCGUCGUUUUUCGAGACGCGGAACGCUUUACCAACGCUUUAGAACCGGGUUCUGGCGCUCGCAUGGCGAGAACGACCGUACUACCACCAACCGGGCCGUACACCGAGGCCCAAGUGUUGGAAGUCGAAAGGUUACAGUCACCACCCCAGUGUUCGAUCGGGGCCGAACGGGGCGACCUGCUGGAGGUGCGCUACGAAGGUAGACUCAGGCAGGACAACAAGCUUUUUGAUGGCAGCGCGAUCACGUUUGCCGAUGGACGCGCCGUGCCUGGGAGGGGGGGUGACGCGUCGUUGUACUUCGUGCUCGGGAAACAGCCGGUGGGCCAGUUCCCGCCGGCCUGGGACGCGGCCAUGGCCGGCUGCUGCGUCGGCGAGGUGCGGCGUUUGGCGGUACCGCCCGUGCUAGGGUUCGGGGAGAAAGGGGCGCCCAAAAGAGGCGUCCCGCCCUACGCGCCGCUGGACUACACGAUCCAGCUCCUCGGCAUCAACGGGAACAACCAGCCGCGAUAACAUUAA